AUGGCGAGCGAGAAGCCGGGCCCGGGCCCGGGGCUCGAGCCUCAGCCCGUGGGGCUCAUUGCCGUCGGGGCCGGCGGAGGCGGCGGCGGCAGCGGCGGUGGCGGCACAGCGGGCAGCGGGAUGGGGGAUCUGAGGGGAGCGUCCAGCUCCGGCUCGGUGGUGCUCCCUGCGGGGAUGAUUAACCCUUCGGUGCCGAUCCGCAACAUCCGGAUGAAAUUCGCAGUGUUGAUUGGACUCAUACAGGUCGGAGAGGUCAGCAACAGGGACAUCGUGGAGACGGUGCUCAACCUGCUGGUUGGUGGAGAAUUUGACUUGGAGAUGAACUUUAUUAUCCAGGAUGCUGAGAGUAUAACUUGCAUGACAGAGCUAUUGGAGCACUGUGACGUGACAUGUCAAGCAGAAAUAUGGAGCAUGUUUACAGCCAUUCUGCGGAAAAGUGUUCGUAAUUUACAGACUAGCACAGAAGUUGGGCUAAUUGAACAAGUGUUGCUGAAAAUGAGUGCUGUGGAUGACAUGAUAGCAGAUCUUCUAGUUGAUAUGUUGGGGGUUCUUGCCAGCUACAGCAUCACUGUCAAGGAGUUGAAGCUUUUGUUCAGCAUGCUUCGAGGAGAAAGUGGAAUCUGGCCAAGACAUGCAGUAAAAUUAUUAUCAGUUCUUAAUCAGAUGCCCCAAAGGCACGGGCCUGAUACUUUUUUCAAUUUCCCUGGUUGUAGUGCUGCGGCAAUCGCAUUGCCCCCUAUUGCAAAGUGGCCUUAUCAGAAUGGCUUCACCCUAAACACUUGGUUUCGUAUGGAUCCAUUAAAUAACAUUAAUGUUGAUAAGGACAAACCUUAUCUUUAUUGUUUUCGUACUAGUAAAGGAGUUGGUUACUCAGCUCAUUUUGUUGGCAACUGUUUAAUAGUCACAUCACUAAAGUCCAAAGGAAAAGGUUUUCAGCACUGUGUGAAGUACGAUUUUCAACCACGCAAGUGGUACAUGAUCAGCAUUGUCCACAUUUACAAUCGAUGGAGGAACAGUGAAAUUCGGUGUUAUGUUAACGGACAGCUGGUAUCUUAUGGGGAUAUGGCAUGGCAUGUGAAUACAAAUGAUAGCUAUGACAAGUGCUUCCUUGGAUCUUCAGAAACUGCUGAUGCAAAUAGAGUGUUCUGUGGUCAGCUUGGUGCCGUGUAUGUGUUCAGUGAAGCCCUCAACCCAGCACAGAUAUUUGCAAUUCAUCAGUUAGGACCUGGAUAUAAGAGUACCUUCAAGUUUAAAUCCGAGAGUGAUAUUCACUUGGCAGAGCAUCAUAAACAGGUUCUAUAUGAUGGGAAACUUGCUAGUAGUAUUGCCUUCACAUAUAAUGCUAAGGCCACUGAUGCUCAGCUCUGCCUAGAAUCAUCACCCAAAGAAAAUGCAUCCAUUUUUGUACAUUCCCCACAUGCACUCAUGCUCCAGGAUGUGAAAGCUAUAGUAACACAUUCAAUUCAUAGUGCAAUUCAUUCAAUUGGAGGGAUUCAAGUACUUUUUCCACUUUUUGCCCAACUGGACAAUCGGCAGCUCAAUGACAGUCAAGUGGAAACAACUGUCUGUGCUACUCUUUUGGCAUUCCUGGUUGAACUACUUAAAAGUUCAGUAGCCAUGCAAGAACAGAUGCUGGGUGGAAAAGGCUUUUUAGUCAUUGGCUACUUACUUGAAAAGUCAUCAAGGGUUCAUAUAACCAGAGCUGUCCUGGAGCAGUUUUUAUCUUUUGCAAAAUACCUUGAUGGUUUAUCCCAUGGUGCACCUUUGCUAAAGCAGCUUUGUGAUCACAUUUUAUUCAACCCAGCCAUCUGGAUACAUACACCUGCAAAGGUUCAACUUUCCCUCUAUACUUAUUUGUCUGCCGAAUUUAUCGGAACUGCUACCAUCUACACCACCAUACGCAGAGUAGGAACAGUGUUACAGCUCAUGCACACGUUAAAAUAUUACUACUGGGUAAUUAAUCCUGCUGACAGUAGUGGCAUCACGCCUAAAGGAUUAGAUGGUCCCCGGCCAUCACAAAAAGAAAUUAUAUCACUACGGGCAUUUAUGUUACUUUUUCUGAAACAGCUCAUACUAAAGGAUCGAGGUGUCAAAGAAGAUGAACUUCAGAGUAUAUUAAAUUACCUACUUACAAUGCAUGAGGAUGAAAAUAUUCAUGAUGUGUUACAGUUACUAGUGGCUUUAAUGUCAGAACACCCAGCCUCAAUGAUACCAGCAUUUGAUCAAAGAAAUGGAAUAAGGGUGAUCUACAAAUUAUUGGCUUCUAAAAGUGAAAGUAUUUGGGUUCAAGCUCUGAAGGUCCUGGGAUACUUUCUGAAGCAUUUAGGUCACAAGAGAAAAGUUGAGAUUAUGCAUACCCACAGUCUUUUCACUCUUCUUGGGGAAAGGCUGAUGUUGCAUACAAACACCGUGACUGUCACUACCUACAACACUCUCUAUGAGAUCUUGACAGAGCAAGUGUGUACUCAAGUUGUACACAAACCACAUCCAGAGCCAGAUUCUACAGUGAAAAUUCAGAAUCCAAUGAUUCUUAAGGUGGUGGCAACUUUAUUAAAAAACUCUACACCAAGUGCAGAACUGAUGGAAGUUCGUCGCUUAUUUUUAUCUGACAUGAUAAAACUUUUUAGUAACAGCCGGGAAAAUAGAAGAUGUUUAUUGCAGUGUUCCGUGUGGCAGGACUGGAUGUUUUCUCUUGGCUAUAUUAACCCUAAAAACUCUGAGGAACAGAAGAUUACUGAGAUGGUCUACAAUAUCUUUCGGAUUCUUUUGUAUCAUGCAAUAAAAUAUGAAUGGGGAGGCUGGAGAGUCUGGGUGGAUACACUCUCAAUAGCUCAUUCUAAGGUCACUUAUGAAGCACAUAAGGAAUACCUAGCUAAAAUGUAUGAAGAAUAUCAAAGACAAGAGGAGGAAAACAUUAAAAAGGGAAAGAAAGGCAACGUAAGCACCAUCUCUGGUCUUUCAUCACAGACAACAGGAGCAAAAGGUGGACUGGAAAUCCGAGAGAUAGAAGAUCUUUCCCAAAGCCAGAGUCCAGAAAGUGAGACAGACUAUCCUGUCAGCACAGAUACCCGUGACUUACUCAUGUCAACAAAAGUGUCUGAUGAUAUUCUCGGAAGUUCGGAUAGACCGGGAAGUGGGGUACAUGUGGAAGUGCAUGACCUUUUAGUUGAUAUAAAAGCAGAGAAAGUGGAAGCAACAGAAGUAAAGCUUGACGAUAUGGAUUUAUCCCCGGAGACUUUAGUAGGAGGAGAGAACGGUGCCCUUGUGGAGGUUGAAUCUUUGUUGGAUAAUGUAUAUAGUGCUGCUGUUGAGAAACUCCAGAACAACGUACAUGGAAGUGUUGGUAUUAUUAAAAAAAAUGAAGAAAAGGACAAUGGUCCAUUAAUAACAUUAGCAGAUGAAAAAGAGGAACUUCCCAAUAACAGUACAUCAUUUCUCUUUGAUAAAAUACCCAAACAGGAUGAGAAACUCCUCCCUGAACUUUCAAGCAAUCACAUUAUUCCAAAUAUUCAGGACACACAAGUACAUCUUGGUGUUAGUGAUGAUCUUGGAUUGCUUGCUCACAUGACUGGUAGUGUAGACUUAACUUGUGCAUCAAGUGUAAUAGAAGAAAAAGAGUUCAAAAUCCAUACAACUUCAGAUGGAAUGAGUAGUAUUUCUGAAAGAGAUUUAGCAUCAUCGACUAAGGGGUUAGAGUACGCUGAAAUGACUGCUACAACUCUGGAAACUGAGUCUUCAGGUAACAAAAUUGUACCAAAUAUUGAUGCAGGAAGUAUAAUUUCAGAUACUGAGAGAUCCGAUGAUGGCAAAGAAUCAGGAAAAGAGAUCCGAAAAAUCCAGACAACUGCGACGACACAAGCUGUUCAGGGUAGGUCAAUUACCCAACAAGACCGAGAUCUCCGAGUGGAUUUAGGAUUUCGAGGAAUGCCAAUGACCGAGGAGCAGCGGCGCCAGUUUAGCCCGGGUCCACGUACUACAAUGUUUCGUAUUCCUGAGUUUAAAUGGUCUCCAAUGCAUCAACGGCUUCUCACUGAUUUGCUAUUUGCAUUGGAAACAGAUGUACAUGUUUGGAGGAGCCAUUCCACAAAGUCUGUAAUGGAUUUUGUCAAUAGCAAUGAAAAUAUUAUUUUUGUACAUAACACAAUUCACCUCAUUUCCCAAAUGGUAGACAACAUCAUCAUUGCUUGUGGAGGAAUUUUGCCUUUGCUCUCUGCUGCUACAUCACCAACUGGUUCUAAGACGGAAUUGGAAAAUAUUGAAGUGACACAAGGCAUGUCAGCUGAGACAGCAGUCACUUUCCUCAGCCGACUUAUGGCUAUGGUUGAUGUACUUGUAUUUGCCAGCUCUCUAAAUUUCAGUGAAAUUGAAGCUGAAAAAAACAUGUCUUCUGGAGGUUUAAUGCGGCAAUGCCUAAGACUAGUUUGUUGUGUUGCUGUGCGAAACUGUUUAGAGUGUCGGCAAAGGCAGAGAGACAGGGGAAACAAAUCUUCCCAUGGAAGCAGCAAACCUCCAGAAGUUCCCCCAAGUGUGACUGCUGCAGCAGCUUCAAAGACUCCAUUAGAAAGCGUUCCAGGUAACCUUUCUCCUAUUAAGGAUCCUGACAGACUUCUUCAGGAUGUCGAUAUCAAUCGCCUUCGUGCUGUUGUCUUCCGGGAUGUGGAUGAUAGCAAACAGGCACAGUUCUUGGCUCUGGCUGUUGUUUACUUCAUUUCUGUUCUGAUGGUUUCCAAGUAUCGUGACAUAUUAGAACCCCAGCGAGAAACUGUAAGAACUGGAAGCCAACCAGGUAGAAACAUCAGACAAGAAAUAAAUUCGCCAACAAGUACAGUUGUGGUCAUACCAUCUAUCCCUCAUCCAAGUUUGAACCAUGGAUUCCUUGCCAAGUUAAUUCCUGAGCAGAGCUUUGCCCAUUCAUUUUACAAAGAAACACCUGCUGCUUUUCCAGACACUACAAAAGAAAAAGAGGCACCAACUCCUGGUGAAGAUAUUCAGCUAGAAAGUUCAAUUCCUCAUACAGAUUCUGGAAUUGGAGAGGAACAAGUGGCUAGCAUCCUGAAUGGGGCAGAGUUAGAGACCAGUGCAGGCCCUGAUGCCAUGAGUGAACUCUUAUCCACUUUGUCAUCAGAAGUGAAGAAAUCCCAGGAGAGCCUAACUGAAAAUCCCAGUGAAAUGUUAAAGCCAGCACCAUCCAUAUCUAGCAUCAGUCAAACCAAAGGCAUCAACGUCAAAGAAAUACUGAAAAGUCUUGUGGCUGCCCCAGUGGAAAUUGCAGAGUGUGGCCCUGAACCCAUCCCGUACCCUGACCCAGCACUGAAGAGAGAGGCGCACGCUAUUCUUCCUAUGCAGUUUCACUCCUUUGAUAGGAGUGUUGUGGUACCUGUAAAGAAGCCACCUCCAGGUAGUUUAGCCGUCACCACUGUGGGAGCCUCUAGUGCUGGAAGUGGGCUGCCAACAGGCAGUACCUCUAAUAUCUUCGCUGCUACUGGAGCUACACCAAAAAGUAUGAUUAAUACAACAGGUGCCGUGGAUUCAGGGUCCUCCUCCUCUUCCUCCUCUUCUAGUUUUGUGAAUGGUGCUACCAGCAAAAACCUUCCAGCUGUACAGACUGUUGCUCCAAUGCCAGAGGAUUCAGCUGAAAACAUGAGCAUCACUGCAAAACUUGAAAGAGCUUUAGAAAAAGUUGCUCCUCUUCUUCGUGAAAUUUUUGUAGACUUUGCCCCAUUCCUAUCUCGUACACUUCUUGGCAGUCAUGGACAAGAGCUAUUGAUAGAAGGCCUUGUUUGUAUGAAGUCCAGCACAUCAGUGGUUGAGCUUGUCAUGCUGCUUUGUUCUCAGGAAUGGCAAAAUUCUAUUCAGAAGAAUGCAGGACUGGCAUUUAUUGAACUCAUCAAUGAAGGAAGAUUAUUGUGCCAUGCUAUGAAGGACCAUAUAGUUCGUGUUGCAAAUGAAGCUGAGUUUAUUUUGAACAGACAAAGGGCUGAGGAUGUACACAAACAUGCAGAGUUCGAGUCUCAGUGCGCCCAAUAUGCUGCUGACAGAAGAGAGGAAGAAAAGAUGUGUGACCACCUGAUCAGUGCAGCUAAACACCGGGAUCACGUGACAGCGAAUCAACUGAAACAGAAGAUUCUCAACAUUCUCACAAACAAGCACGGAGCAUGGGGAGCAGUUUCUCAUAGCCAAUUACAUGAUUUCUGGCGUUUGGAUUACUGGGAAGAUGAUCUUCGUCGAAGGAGACGAUUUGUGCGCAAUGCAUUUGGCUCAACUCAUGCUGAAGCGUUGCUCAAAGCUGCAAUAGAAUAUGGCACUGAAGAAGAUAUAGUGAAGUCAAAGAAAACAUUCCGAAGUCAGGCCAUCGUGAACCAGAAUGCAGAGACGGAACUCAUGCUGGAGGGAGACGACGACACAGUCAGUCUGCUGCAGGAGAAGGAGAUCGACAAUCUUGCCGGCCCAGUGGUUCUCAGCACCCCUGCCCAGCUCAUCGCUCCCGUGGUAGUGGCCAAGGGGACUCUCUCCAUCACCACGACAGAAAUCUACUUCGAGGUAGAUGAGGAUGAUCCUGCCUUCAAAAAGAUCGACACGAAAGUUCUUGCGUACACGGAGGGACUUCAUGGAAAAUGGAUGUUCAGCGAGAUACGAGCUGUCUUUUCAAGACGUUAUCUUCUACAAAACACUGCUUUGGAAGUAUUUAUGGCAAACCGAACUUCAGUUAUGUUUAAUUUCCCUGAUCAAGCAACAGUGAAAAAAGUUGUCUAUAGCUUGCCUCGGGUUGGAGUAGGGACCAGCUAUGGUUUGCCACAAGCCAGGAGGAUAUCAUUGGCCACUCCUCGACAGCUGUAUAAAUCUUCCAACAUGACUCAGCGCUGGCAAAGAAGGGAAAUUUCAAACUUUGAGUAUUUGAUGUUUCUUAAUACUAUAGCAGGACGGACAUAUAAUGAUCUGAAUCAAUAUCCCGUGUUCCCAUGGGUAUUAACAAACUAUGAAUCAGAAGAAUUGGACCUGACUCUUCCAGGAAACUUCAGGGAUCUAUCAAAGCCAAUUGGUGCUUUGAACCCAAAGAGAGCUGUGUUUUAUGCAGAACGUUAUGAAACAUGGGAAGAUGAUCAAAGCCCACCCUACCAUUAUAAUACUCAUUAUUCAACAGCAACAUCUACCCUAUCGUGGCUUGUUCGAAUCGAACCUUUCACAACCUUCUUCCUCAAUGCAAAUGAUGGAAAAUUUGACCAUCCCGAUCGAACCUUCUCGUCAGUUGCAAGGUCUUGGAGAACGAGUCAGAGAGAUACCUCUGAUGUAAAGGAACUGAUUCCAGAGUUCUACUACCUACCAGAGAUGUUUGUCAACAGUAAUGGAUAUAAUCUUGGGGUCAGAGAAGAUGAAGUCGUGGUGAAUGAUGUUGAUCUUCCCCCUUGGGCAAAAAAACCUGAAGACUUUGUGCGGAUCAACAGGAUGGCCCUGGAAAGUGAAUUUGUUUCUUGCCAACUUCAUCAGUGGAUUGACCUUAUAUUUGGUUACAAGCAGCGAGGACCAGAAGCGGUCCGUGCCCUGAAUGUUUUUCACUACUUGACCUACGAAGGCUCUGUGAACCUGGAUAGUAUCACCGAUCCUGUGCUUAGGGAGGCCAUGGAGGCACAGAUACAGAAUUUUGGACAGACGCCAUCUCAGUUGCUUAUCGAGCCACAUCCGCCUCGGAGUUCUGCCAUGCACCUGUGUUUCCUUCCACAGAGUCCCCUCAUGUUUAAAGAUCAGAUGCAACAGGAUGUAAUAAUGGUGCUGAAGUUUCCUUCAAAUUCCCCUGUAACCCACGUGGCGGCCAACACCCUGCCCCACCUGACUAUCCCUGCAGUGGUGACAGUGACCUGCAGCCGACUGUUUGCAGUGAAUAGAUGGCACAACACAGUAGGCCUCAGAGGAGCUCCAGGAUACUCCUUGGAUCAAGCCCAUCAUCUUCCUAUUGAAAUGGAUCCACUGAUUGCUAAUAAUUCUGGUGUGAACAAGCGGCAGAUCACAGACCUUGUUGACCAGAGCAUACAGAUCAAUGCUCAUUGUUUUGUGGUCACAGCAGAUAAUCGAUAUAUUCUCAUCUGUGGAUUCUGGGAUAAGAGCUUCAGAGUUUAUUCCACAGAAACAGGGAAAUUAACUCAGAUUGUGUUUGGCCACUGGGAUGUGGUCACCUGCCUGGCCAGGUCCGAGUCAUACAUCGGUGGGGACUGCUACAUUGUGUCUGGAUCUCGAGAUGCCACCCUGCUUCUCUGGUACUGGAGUGGGCGACACCAUAUCAUAGGGGACAACCCCAAUAGCAGUGACUACCCUGCUCCAAGAGCCGUCCUCACAGGCCAUGACCAUGAAGUUGUCUGUGUUUCUGUCUGUGCAGAACUUGGACUUGUUAUCAGUGGUGCUAAAGGAAGAGCUGGGAAACAGGUCUCAAUUCUGGACCCCAUAGCAUUUCUCCGUGAGAAGACUGAGGCAGAAGGAGGCCCGGUGCUAGGAGAAACUGAAAGGGCCCCGGGAGAGCGUCGCCUGGUGCUCAGCAUGCAGCAAAAAUGUGAGAAAAAUGGCUGCUCUUUGGCUGUUUCUAAGGCCAUUCUCCUGAGCAGCGAUGGCCAGAACCUGGUAACUGGAGGGGACAACGGUGUGGUGGAGGUCUGGCAGGCCUGCGACUUCAAGCAGCUGUACAUUUACCCUGGAUGUGAUGCUGGCAUUAGAGCGAUGGACUUGUCCCACGACCAGAGGACGCUGAUUACUGGCAUGGCCUCUGGUAGCAUCGUAGCUUUUAAUAUAGAUUUUAAUCGGUGGCAUUAUGAGCACCAGAACAGAUACUAAAGGGAAAGGAAGAGCCAAAAGCCAAGUUCAAGCUGAGAGCACAAGUGCUGCAUGGGAAGGCAAUGUCUCUGGCGGAAAGACCUGUCCACAUCGACCUACGUUUGUACAUUCCAUCACACCCAGCAAUAGCUGUACAUUGUAGUCAGCAACCAUUUUACUUUGUGUGUUUUUUCACGACUGA